GUUUAUUCCAUAAACCCUGAGGCCUGAGCUGCUAUAUCCUUUUACCGGCGGCGGAACUCGAUUAUGCAUUUUUCUCUCUCUCUCUCUCACUCUCUUGUUGUCUGAGACUCGCCGGAAAAGCUUGUUUAUUUGGUUUCUCUUAAAUUUCCGGCUAAAUUUCUAUCGGAAGUAAGAAACUCACGUGAGCUAUGAAGUUCCUCAUUCAAUCCAUUUCUGGGAGGAAUCGAUCUCUGGUUCGAGCUCUAGUUAGUCGGCGUUACUUCGCUUCAUCGCCAGAGGAACUCGCAAAGAAAAAUUACGCCAAUGAUCUGUCGGAAUACAACACCGCUGUCCAUUCCGUCACAGCUCAGCGCAGGCACUAUUUGCUGAGGGAUGUUUAUGAUGAUAUGAAGCUAGAUGGUGUGCAGCCUACAGCUGAUAUAUUCCAUUCUUUUGUUGUGGGAACGAUGAAGGGUGCUCGGUUAAGCGAUGCUUUCUUUUUCCGUGAAGAAAUGAAAGCCAUGGGAAUUGCUCCUGAUGUGAACUUGUACAACUUUUUAAUUUCCACAUGUGGGAAAUGCAAGAAUGGAAAGGAGGCAAUCCGAGUCUACGACGAGAUGAAGCGAUAUGAUGUAAAACCAAAUGGACAGACCUUUGUCUGUCUGCUCAAUGCCUGCGCUGUUUCUGGCCAAUUAGAUCUUGUGUACGCGAUAGUUCGGGAUAUGACUGCUGCUGGAGUUGGUUUGAACCAGUUCUGCUAUGCAGGACUCAUAACUGCACACUUAAACAAGCAGCCAAGACCAGAUAAUCUUUCUACCAAGAUUCUCGAGUUUGUGGAGCAGUCAAAAGGCUGGUCAGCAAUUGAUUCAUCAAGGAAGAGUGCAGAAGAUGUGAUGUUUAGCAUCAGUGAAGAAGAGCUGUACAAUAUUCCAACCGCUGAUUAUGCCCACAGGACCAGGUUUUUGCAGAGGAAUUUGACCGUCUACCAUGUAGCAUUCAGUGCUCUCGCUGAUAUAAAGGAUGUAAAAGCAACGGAAGCUCUUCUUGAGAUGCUUAAGAAAGACGGAAAAGACACUGACACUUACUGCGUGCUACAAAUUAUGAGGUGCUAUCUACACUCGCAAGACUUUGAGAAUGGUCUCAAAGUGUUUGAAGAUUACAUGAGCGCAGAUAAAAUCCCUGCCAUGGAACUCUACACGACGCUUAUAGAAGGAGCUAUGACAGGACACACCGAUAAUGGAAUGAAGAUUGCUCAAGACACUCUGGUCAAAAUGAACGAACGCAAUUUCUUCUUAGACCCAAGAACUGGAAGCAAUCUGUUAUUAAAAGCCGCUGGUGAAAAGACGGGAGGGUACACAGUUGCAAAUAUGAUAUGGGAUCUGAUGCUAGCUCGGAAUAUUCUACCAACACUAGCUGCUGUUGAAGCUUAUUACAAGGGCUUGAAAGAACGUGAAAUACCAGAGGAUGAUCCAAGACUGAUGUUAGUGACGCGCACAUACAAUAACUUGCGGCUUAAGGAAGGGACAUUACCUAAUAGGCGUUAAUGGGACCAAGAGGAAGAAAGAAGAUAUCAUGGCUUCUUCGUUUUCUACUUCUAUUUGCUUAUUGGGAUCUCUGUAAACCAUCUGGGUAUAUUUUAAAACCAGUUCGUUUAGAUGAAUAAGGAGAUUUCAAUUAGAUGAGGACUGGAUGUUAUCCUGAUUUGAUUUCAAUUGCUUAACGUUGAGAGCUUUCACUCUUCGUCAUGCAAAAGCAACAAUGUUUUUAAUAAGCCAACGCCUGUUUGGUUUAUAAAGAUCAGGCUGUUCACUCUCAAA